AUGUCUUCUCAGGCCAUUCCAAAAACUCAGAAAGCCAUUGUAUUCUACGAGACUGAUGGCAAGUUGGAAUAUAAAGAUGUUACUGUUCCAGAACCUAAGCCUAACGAAAUUCUAGUUCACGUAAAAUAUUCUGGUGUCUGUCAUAGUGAUUUGCAUGCGUGGCAUGGCGAUUGGCCAUUCCAAUUGAAAUUUCCAUUAAUUGGUGGUCAUGAAGGUGCUGGUGUUGUUGUCAAGUUGGGAUCCAACGUUAAGGGCUGGAAGGUUGGUGAUCUUGCGGGUAUAAAAUGGUUGAACGGGACUUGUAUGUCCUGUGAAUAUUGUGAGGUGGGUAACGAAUCUCAGUGUCCUCAUCUAGACGGUACAGGUUUCACACAUGAUGGUACUUUCCAAGAAUACGCGACUGCUGAUGCUGUUCAGGCUGCUCAUAUUCCACAAAACGUCAAUCUGGCAGAAGUCGCCCCAAUCUUGUGUGCAGGUAUCACGGUUUAUAAGGCGUUGAAAAGAGCCAAUCUAAUGCCAGGCCAAUGGGUUACUAUAUCUGGUGCCUGCGGUGGUUUAGGUUCUCUGGCGAUUCAAUACGCUCUGGCUAUGGGUUUCAGAGUUAUUGGUAUAGAUGGUGGCGAGGCUAAACGAAAACUAUUCGAAAAAUUAGGUGGAGAAAUUUUCAUCGAUUUCACAAAGGAAAGAGAUGUUGCUGGUGCUGUAAUCAAGGCCACUAAUGGUGGUUCUCAUGGGAUAAUCAAUGUGUCAGUUUCUGAAGCUGCUAUCGAGGCUUCUACGAGGUACUGUAGGCCCAACGGCACUGUUGUCUUGGUUGGUAUGCCAGCUCAUGCUCAUUGCAAGUCUGAUGUUUUUAAUCAAGUUGUAAAGUCCAUUUCUAUUGUCGGAUCUUGUGUUGGAAAUAGAGCUGAUACAAGGGAGGCUUUGGAUUUCUUUGCUAGAGGUUUAAUUGAAUCUCCAAUCCACUUGGCUGGUCUAUCUGAUGUUCCAGAAAUUUUCGGGAAAAUGGAAAAAGGUGAGAUUGUUGGUAGAUAUGUUGUGGACACUUCUAGAUAA